CGAAUCGGAAUCACUUGUGCAUGACAGCUCCGAUGAGAGAGGACCACGACGCACAUUUACGGUCCUCGGUUUCAUAUUUAGCUUAGUUUCGUCAGCUAUUCAGCUCCAUAUAUACUAGAAGUGAAGGUGUAUAUAUUCAUAUAUUCGCGAGCAUCGGUUGUCAAGGAGGAUUCAUUCCGGGAUUUUGAAUGGAAGCGGCGGCUGAAGGGGCGAGCUGCCUGUCUGAGGCCGGGGAUGAGAGCCCGUUAUCCGGGGCGGCAGCGUCCGAGGACGCAGGGACGACGGACGAGGACGCGGAUGCUACAUUGAAAAAGGCUUUCAUCACAGAGAUGCCUUCAUCUUCAGGCCAGCCGGCCCACAUAAAGAAGAUCGGACACAGAGGAGUGGAUGCGUCCGGAGAGACCACUUACAAGAAGACAACAUCAUCGGCGCUUAAAGGUGCCAUUCAGCUCGGCAUUGGCUACACGGUGGGGAACUUGAGUUCAAAGCCCGAGCGUGACGUUCUCAUGCAAGAUUUCUACGUGGUGGAGAGCAUAUUUUUCCCCAGCGAGGGGAGCAAUUUGACGCCAGCCCACCAUUUCCCAGACUUCCGCUUUAAAACGUACGCCCCCGUGGCCUUUCGAUACUUCAGAGAGCUUUUCGGCAUACGGCCGGAUGACUAUUUGUAUUCGCUGUGUAAUGAGCCAUUGAUCGAGCUGUCCAAUCCAGGAGCGAGUGGCUCCGUCUUUUACGUCACCAAGGACGAUGAGUUCAUCAUCAAAACAGUCAUGCACAAAGAAGCGGAGUUCUUGCAGAAACUCCUGCCUGGAUAUUACAUGAACCUAAACCAGAAUCCUCGCACCUUAUUGCCCAAGUUCUUCGGGCUGUACUGCGUACAAUCGGGUGGGAAGAACAUUCGGAUGGUGGUCAUGAACAACGUGCUGCCCAGGGUGGUGCGCAUGCACCUUAAAUAUGACUUGAAAGGAUCCACCUACAAGCGACGGGCCUCUAAGAAAGAGCGGGAAAAGGCAAGGCCCACUUUCAAAGACCUCGACUUCAUGCAGGAUAUGCUGGAUGGAAUCAUGCUGGACACGGACACUUACAGCGCCCUGAUAAAGACGUUACAGAGGGACUGUUUGGUCUUGGAGAGUUUUAAGAUUAUGGACUACAGUUUGUUGUUGGGAGUUCACAACAUCGAUCAGGCGGAGAAAGAGCAGCAGAUGGAGGGAUCUCAGGGUAACAGUGAUGAGAAGAGACCACUGGCACAGAAAGCACUUUACUCUACUGCCAUGGAGUCCAUACAGGGAGCGUCUGCCUGCGGAGAGGAGAUUGACACGGAGGACACGAUGGGCGGCAUUCCUGCAGUCAAUGCCAAAGGAGAGCGCCUGUUACUGUACAUCGGAAUAAUCGACAUCCUGCAGUCCUACAGGUUAAUAAAGAAAUUAGAGCACACGUGGAAGGCUUUGGUUCAUGAUGGGGACACUGUGUCUGUACACCGGCCGUCAUUUUAUGCCGACAGAUUCUUCAGAUUCAUGAGCACUACCGUAUUCAGAAAGUCUUCCUCAUUAAAAUCCUCUCCAUCGAAGAGGGGCCGCGGAGGUCUGAUCGGCACCAAAUGCAGCGGCCCCGGUGCGUCCUGGUCGGCCAGCCAGCUGCCGUUCGUGAAAGACGAAAACAUCUACGACCUGAGAGGAGCUCGGAGCUUCCCCACGCUGGAUGACGAUGGUCGGGCAGACGUGCUCCCCUGCACUCCUCCAUCCUUUGAGGAGGCCGCAACAGCCUCCAUCGCGACCACUCUCUCAUCCACCACCUCUCUAUCCAUUCCAGAACGUUCACCAUCAGACACCUCAGAGCACCCGCGCUACAGGAGACACACCCAGUCCAGUCAUGAAGAAUCAAUGCAGGAUGAAGAUCAGCAGACCUUCACAGUGGAGGUGGAAGUGGAGGGACGUUAUGACAGCGAGCUCACCCUGAAGGCUCCCCAGCCAUCGACGGAAAUCGGUGAACUUCCAGAGACGUUUCUAGAAGCUUCGUCGUCGUCCCUCCCAGCGAGCCCCAGGAUAGUCGUGGAAUCUGACGGUGGCAGUCAGGCAUCUGGUGGGACAAGCCGCGCCUCUGUGGAUGAGGAAGAUGAGGUGCCGGUUACAGACAUAUAUUUCCCUCCAGAGGACCGAAGCUGGGUUUAUUCUCCUCUACACUACAGCGCAGGGUCUAAGACUCUGUCUGGAGAUGAAGAGGAGAGUGAUACAUAAUCAGACCUCAGAGGAAGUGAGGCAGCCGCGAGAUGUUCAUCUUCAGGUGUAUGACGUCAUGAACUUCCAUCACGUUUGAGCUGACAGCGAAGUUUAAUUCAGCUCCAUCAUUCACUGUCUUAUAAUCCAUUCCACAAACAACACAGAGCAAGUAGUAAUAACAACAUCCAGAUAUAUUUAUAAGGAUUAAUGAAAAUAUUCAUGUUGAAUUAUUUCGUUUGUUUAUUAACAUACUGUGAACGUUUGAUCCAAUUUGAGAUCUGGGAAUCGAGAUUCAAGUGGCACGUAAGUUAUGUGCCACGUGAUCAUUAAUAUACAAACAGCCAUCACUGGUUUAUAAUGCAUUUCUUCUGUUGUGUCAGACUGCAUUAUUCAUAGUUUUUCUUUAUAUGAGGGCAGAUGACUUCAAAUGGCAGACAAUGUAUUGCUCUUGCGGUUGAUUUUGUAUUUAUUUAUUUAUUUACCUCCAAAAACCAGACUGCUUUUUCUUAAAAAAAAAAAGAUUUUCAUUAGGGCUGGGCAUGGAUUAAUCUAGAUUAAUCUCAUACAAAAUUAAAGUAUUUUUUUGCAUAAUAUACGAGUUUGUGAUGUGUGUAAAUAUUAUGUAUAUUUAAACACGCACGCACGCACACACACGACCGUUUCAGCAGUAACAACAUAAACAAGCGCCUGUCGCGGUCUGCCAUAACUUCCGGUAAACUCCGCUAAGAAUAAAUAACAACAAAGUUCUUUAAACGUAGUUUAUUUAUAUAACAAGCAAAACAACAACACAUAGGUUACCUAGGAAACCAAAACAUUAGUUAUUUUCGACGAGGCAUUUGUUCAAGAGAUCAGUUUAGCAACUAGUCAGACCAUUAAAAAAAACGAAACCGGAAGUAAGGUUCGGAUCCAGACGUGUAUCACGUGCGUCCGAAACAUUUAAGAAAUGUUUUAUUUAAAUAUCGUUUUUUAAUUUAUAUAUAAUUUAAAAUAUAAAUAAAUAUAUAUACACAUGUAAAUGUUUCUUAAAUACAUACAUGAAUGUGUUUGUAUUUAUAUUAUAAUAAUUACAUUCAGCACAAACUCAUAUGUUAUGCAAAAAAAUUACUUUUAUUUUGUAUGAGAUUAAUCUAGAUUAAUCUAUGCCCAGCUUUAAUUUUCUUUCAUUUUCAGCGAUAGUUAAAUGCUUAUAUUUUUGUUUCAACGUUUAAGAUUUUUAUAAAAUGUGUAACGUUAAAUGGCAUUCAGUGUGUGGGAAAUUCGGCAAUAACCAAAGUCCCAUAACAUUAUUUCAAUAAAAAUUAGGAUUUUAAAAUUGUGUACACAACCCAAAGUUGUGAUUCAAGCUUUUAUAGUUUAAAAAUAGCAGGUAAACCGCAAGAUGGGACCAAACUUAUUGUGUGGAGGCCAAAUAUGUACCAUAUCACAAUCAUUAUUAUAUAUUUAACAUUCAUAUGUGAGAUUCAAAGUUAAAAUGUAAAUCUUCUUGUAAAGAAUAUGUGUGUACAUAUAUGCAUUUGAGUGUGUGUGUAUAAUUUUACAAUGGAAGUGUGCGAUACUCAAUACUGUAUGUGCAGUGGACAGUUGCAGUGAUAUUGCCGUUGUGUUUUUAAGACUACUCCAGCAAUAUUUUGUGCAUAUUUCGGUUGCCUUAAUCUUUAUUGCCAGCCCAAAUCCUGCUGUAGUUACAGUUUUUCUUUUCUUAUACCCCCCUAGAUUGUUUGUAUAAAGAUCUAUAAAUACACAAAAUAUAUUUUAAAUGUUAUUUGACUUUUUUUACACAAGUGGUGUGCAAAAGGCAUCCGUGAUCUACCCAAGCUUUCUUCCAGGAUCAAGGGCAUGCAGCAUCACUUGUGUUUAAGUCAAGGCGGUUUCUUUGUAUUAUGUAUAAACAUUGCAACAAUAUCAAUCCAACAGUUGUGUUUGUGUGUGCGCCCUUCAAUAGCAUGACAAAAUGUGAGUCUAUUUACAUAAAUGUCCACCAUAUGCAUUCAUCUUUAUGAAGAACCACAACAAGCUCAUUGUGUGAGUGUAUUUGUUUGACCCCUAAAAUAAAUAUGACCAUUAGACUUUA